GCAUGGCGGCGGCGGGGUGGGGGGGCCGGGGCCCGAACUCAGCACAAACUCCUGGUAAACUCCGUCCCUGCGGGCUGGCGCCCCACAGAGAAAGCCGCGGCCUCCGCGCGAAGAGGAAAAGGAGGAAGAAUAGGAAACCAAACGCCCACUCCGAGCUCCCCUCGCCCCGGAGCGGAGUGCGGCACACGGAGAAGCGGCCGCCGGCUCAGGAUUUCGGAAGCGGGACUCGAACUCGCUGCCCUCCUGCCACCCGCUGGCAGCGCCCACCCCACACUGGCGCCGCUCCUCCGCCAGGCGGUGGCUUUUCAAGCGCCACAACCCACCCCUCCCGCGGCUCCCGCCCCCGGGCUCCUCGCCCAAUGGCCGAGCCGGGGCCGCCGCUCCCAGUGGCGCAACGCCACGUCCAUCAACAUUCCAGAUCCUCCUUCCCCCUCCACCCCCCGCCUUUCCCGCACCACCCGCCUUCCCAACCAAGCUCGGUUGCGCGGGCGCUGGUUUCCCAGCGUCGAGAUGACGUCAGACAUUCUGGUGUCCAUAUAAGGAGACGAUUAAUGCCAGGGUGCCGGGAUCGCGGGGGGCGAGCGCGGUGGGAUUCCUGCGCCACGCCCGCCGCCGGAGCAAGUUCGCUCUGUUGGGCUGAGGCGGAGCGUGACCGCCCAGCCGGGCGCGUGGAGCUGGACAUCGCUGGGACCGGGGUGGCCGAGCGAGGUGGCGCUCCUGGCCGGACCCGCUGUCCCCAGGCUGCUCGGGGCGCGCCGCUUCGUGCGGGGUGUGCGUUCUCCCUGCAGCCGGCCGUGCGCGGCCCGCCCUGGGCGCGGCCCUGAACGCUUCCGCCCACACUGAGGAAAAGAGGCGAAAGGCUGCGGGCGCCGCUUCUCGACCGCGCUCCGCUUCUGGUGGGGGGGGCUGUCCCUGCCGUCCCGCUCCCCGCGCGCCGCCCCUCAGCGGCUGAGGGGACACGGCGGGCCGGCGCUGAGGGGGCGGCGGCCCUGAGGGGCGGCACGUACCGGGAGCGUGAGCCUCGGCUUGGCUUUCACCGCUGUGAGUGGUGAUAACAGCGGGAGUUUGUUUAAAUACACUCAGGGGUGUUUACCAGCCUCUAUGCACAGUUCUCUGGGCCGUUUCCAUCUUCACCAGCACCUCAACCUGGAUUAACACCUGCUCACUCUCUGCAACAUGGAAAGAGAAUAUUUCCUGAACAUCGUUAUUGUGGUGCAUUCCAAAGGGCUGCUCAGGGAGCAUCACACCAAGAAAUCAGUUGAAGAAGGUGUCAACUAAGAAGCCCAUGGAAUUGGAAACUUACGGAGUGUGGAAACAGUGUGCUGCUGUGAGC